AUCUGACUCGACUUGAAAUGUUGACUGUACUGUGAGGGCCCGAGCAUCUUCAAACAUGGCCGACAGAGAGGAAGAGAAAAAGAUGAGCAAGUUGAAGCGGAGAUUCAGCAAAAAGCCUGCCUCACCUGGCCCUGCCUCACCUGGACCUGAUGACCUCCCACCUGCAAACCUCAGGUCAGCGACCUUACCGACCUCAACUGACCUUGGCGCCAUGGCCCUGCACCAGUCCCACAGUGAGGGGCUGUUCUCCAAGCUCAAGAGGAAGCUGCGCAUCAACAGCAAGGGCAAGUACGACCUGAAAUCUUCCCUCCUACCCUCCCCUGUCAAGCCAGCAGACGUGCGUCGCAAGAGUGACGACACCCAGCUGCGCCACAAGGAACAGACUUUACAUGUCGACGUCAAAACUCCUGCGGCUCAGUCUGUCAAAACACAGCGCAAGACCAAAUCUGACAAGGAAGAAGUUAUUUUAAUCCGCAAAGACAAGCGAGUGAGCGUGCUGUGUAAGGCAGAGAAUGGCGGCAAGCCGGAGGUGAUAUUCACCAAUGUGGAGGUCUCGGACGAUGAGUCCUCUGGGCUGUGGGAGGUUCUAGAAGAAGAUCCUUACGCCACCAUCAACUCGGUGAAAGCUCCAGCAACAUCUGUGGUUCAGGCUGCUCCCAGACAGGCUGAAGUAGAGUGCAUGUACGCCAGGAUCAACCCUGACAGGACCAGACCUUCUCCACUCCUGCAGAACAAGGACAUGAACAUCCAGGCCAAGGACUUCAACAGCAGUGUCCAGGCCAGGCUCAGAUGUAGGAAUGACCACGACUACGAGACUUUGGACGAGGUCAAGCGUCAAACACAGGUGUUGAGCCUUUGCGCUGACCCUCUGGUGGCUGGUGCUGACCCAAUGAGCACACCUGACCUUGACCCUGACUAUGAAACACUAGAUGAGGUCAAGAAAAAGUGCGCCACUGUGUAUCCAGUCCAGACCAGCUCCCAGGAUGGGGGGGACCAGGACAGUUUACACUCAGCUCGGCAGAGUGUACAUGCUGAGGGCAGCCAAUCAGACGGAGUUUCUUCCCCCUCCGCCUUGGCCCCAUUGGCCGCCAGCAUUGACUCCUCCCUGCCCCAUGACCAGCCCCCACAGGAGGAGUGUAUCUAUGACAACCCUAAUGUCAUCCUGCGCAAGCAGUCGUGCCGUAUGCUGCCAGGAUCCAGCUCCCUACAGGUGCGUCGCAGCCCCGUCAUGUCCGAGGCGCCAGUGGUCAAGUCUCCAGCAGAGGAGGAGCUGGUGGAGAAGCUGAGCUCCCUGCUGGCCCCGCCCCUGCCACUGCGCAACUACCAGAAAGAUGAGAUCAAGGGGGAGAGGAUGAAAGCUGCCAGCACACGCCACUCGUGGGCGUCCCAGCCUGCCAGACAUCUGGAGCUGAUGGACAGCUCCUUCCACAGGGACUUGCUGCGACCUUCACCUUCACAGUCCUACCACAACAUCCACAACAUCCAGAAGAUGGAUGGGCCUGACACUACACCUGCGGACACGAGACCCCACCAGACAGGUCAUGUGACCACCUCCUGUAGAGAACUGACUGACAGUGCACAUUACGCAACCAAUACACCUGCACCAUCUCUAGUGCUGGGAGCACAGGUACCUGUACCAGGUGUACACAUGGGUACAGGUGCACCAGGUGUACACAUGGGUACAGGUGCACCAGGUGUACAGUUGGGUACAGGUGCACCAGGUGUACAGUCCAAUGCUGGUGCAGUAUCCAUACUGUUAGACCAUGUGCAGGAGACAGCACCAGCAGACCUAGGGGAGGGUGUGAGUGGACGUCUGGAAGGGUUUAGCCACAAGAUGGCAGAACACAUUCUAGAACAAGCAAUAGAGCAGCGCCACACCCACCCUGGGCGUGUGGCUGAAGCUAUGGAGCGCCACACCCACCCUGGGGGUGUGGCUGAAGCCAUGGAGCGCCACACCCACCCUGGGGGUGUGGCUGAAGCUAUGGAGCCACACCACAUAGACAGCAGAAGAGCAACACAAAGUGUCAAUAACAGCUUUUCUGGGACCAGAUCUCCUGCAGAGUGUGAGGACAUGACUGGUCAGUUUGGUGGGACGGACUCAAGACUGCAGAAUGGAUAUGUUGAAGAAACCACAGAGGUCAUGAGGUCAAACCCAGACCAGACCCUGCAAGAGCUUUACAAGUCCCAAGGAGCUCGACCUAAAGUUUGGCUACCUGCCGAGCACACAAAACACACAGAGAGAAUCCACACUGGCAAGUUGGAUGUACUGGCAGAAAGUAUUAGAGAUAGGAUGGAAGAAGAUCUGCCAUCAAACAAGCCUAAAGAAUGUGAAGACCUACAUCAAAGCAUUCCUUUCAAAUGUGAAGAUCUGCUUCAGACCUCCCCCUCCUAUGAUGAAGACCUGUGUCAAAGCUCCCCCUCGUAUCAUGAUGGCAUGUGUUCACCCAGCUCCCCCUCGUAUCAUGAUGGCAUGUGUUCACCCAGCUCCCCCUCGUAUCAUGAUGGCAUGUGUUCACCCAGCUCCCCCUCGUAUCAUGAUGGCAUGUGUUCACCCAGCUCCCCCUCGUAUCAUGAUGGCAUGUGUUCACCCAGCUCCCCCUCGUAUCAUGACGGCCUGUGUUCACCCAGCAGCCCAGACAGCGAGGAGCUAGAUGACCUGAGGGUGCAGGAGACCGUGUAUGUGGACUCUGAAGAAGAAAGCCACAAUGUCCGCAAGGUGGUGACUCGAGAGCUGUGUGUGACGCAAGUGACCAAGCCGGUCAUCUACGCCAACCCCCGUCUGCUGGAGAACGUCAUCAGUGGACCCUUCAAGACAGAGACAGGUGUGGACGGGCAGUAUUUUGUCAAUGGUGUCUUCAAGUGGGGCAGGUACUACCACCACUACCUGCCAGACAGGCAAGCUGUUGAGGCCAAAUUAAAAGGUUUCUUUCAUUAUGUGCGUGCCAUGUUAAUGAGCAGGUCAGAGUUGAAGGUCAAGGACAAGCUGGCUAGAGAGCAGCAGCUAGAGAUGGACUCGCUGCAAGCAAAAAUUGAAAAACGUCUGCGGGAGGUGCACGACUUCCCCACCUUCCAGGGGAUUCGCAUCCACCUGCUCAAGACUGAGGCACUGGACAACUGGGAACCAGAGAUUCCUACCCCAGCUCUGACCAGCUCCAGAAGCAAGGAGAGAGCUGCCAAGGAAGCUGUGAGCGUGGAGCGUGUAGGUGGGCGCCAGAGCUGGCCUGAGGUGGAGCUGGUGGAGGACCUGCACUUUGAUGAGAACCAGGCCAGUGUCUGCCCUGCUGGCUGCACCCACAAGCCCUGCCUCACCCUGACCAAACCUGCUGAUGUCCUUCAGGACUUCAUCAAGCUGAGCAUGAGCCAGAGCAUCACCUGUUCCAGGUGUGGCCCAGACCAGGACUCAGACUCUGAAGAUGAAAUGCUGACGGCAGAGACCUAUGCCAAGACCGUGUGUCGCUCCACGUCUCACGGCUCACCCACCAAGGUCAACUACAUCAACAACGCACAUUUCUGCCGCGCAUUCUAUGGGGAACUGGCGUAUUUGGCUCGCCUGAGAAGGCCAAGGCCAUUAGAGAAAGAGCUGAUAGUGCCAGGUCCAGACAGUGAGUGUGGGGGCUGUGAGAGCCACAUCUCCUGGACCAACUGGUGCCACAUGGAUGCCCUGAUGAAGAAGUUGGUGCCACACAUCUCUCCACGCCUGGACUUCCAGUUCCUGCUCAAGACUUACGAGGAGUUCAAGUUUUUUAUCUUGAAAGAGAGAUCCAGAAAUCUGGAGCACAAGGGCUGCUUCACCAAAGGAAAUGUCUGCUGCAGGUUUGAGGAGCUGGUCUUCCUUAAGUUGAUUCGCGAUGAAGUGCGCUAUUUUGCUCAUGUGCUGAGCAGGUCAAAGGUCAGUGAGGCGCUGUUCCUGGAGGAGCGGGACGUGGCCUUCACCCUGCUGACCCUGCUCAAGCUGCUGCUGAGAAACAUCCACAAGAUCAAAAAGUCCCAGACCAGAGAGCCUGUGGCUGGAAUCUUGGACAAGCCGGCGUCUCUGCUGGCUGCCAAAAGAUGGAUCCCGUUCCGUCACUCGUCGUAUGAGCGCUGGAUCUCCGAGAAACUUGAAGAUCCUAUUUGGGAUGAGCAGAACUUUCAUUUUGACAACUACACCAACUUUCGCACCACCACCAACUCGUACGCUCUCAAGAGUUGGAGGUCCCCUCAGGACUUUGUGCAGGACCCCAAUGUCCUGGUCUCUUGUAGGACAGUGUUUGCUCACACAGAUACACGCUCCAUAGAGCUGGCGGGCAUGAGAGCCAAUGAAGAGCCCAAGCCACUGCAGGAGAGGGAAGAUUUUCUGGAGAGUAUGGAACAGCUUCAGCAGCAAGACUGGUACUGGGGUCCUAUCUCCUAUGAACAAGCUGCCCUUGUGUUGAAGGACAAGGAGGACGGGUCCUUCCUGGUGCGGGACAGCUCAGACCAGAAGUAUUUGCUGAGUAUCAGCUUCAAGUCCCUGGGGGAGGUGCACCACACCCGCAUAGAGCACGCCAAGGGUCUGUUCAGCUUCUGGUCCCAGCCGGAGUCCCAUGGUAAAGCUCGUAUCUGUGAGUUCAUUGACAAGUCCAUCCAGAACUCCAGGGACGGCAGGUUCCUCUACUUCCUGCGACCCAGUGCCCGGGGUACCCCGCCCCUCCCCAUACGGUUACUGCUGCCAGUCUCAAGAAACUUCCGGGUUGCCACCCUCAAGCAUUUGUCAAGGUUUGUUAUCCGCCAGACUGUCAGACAGGAUCACCUGGACUACCUGCCCAUACCUGAGAAGGUCAAGCGCUACCUGAAAGACAAACACUACUACGUGGAGAUAGUGGAUGAGGACCAGUGGGCAUUUGGUGGGGACUACAGCAAGUCAUGAGUGGCCAUCUUACAGCAAGUCAUGAGUGGAGUGGCCAUCUUACAGCAAGUCAUGAGUGGAGUGGCCAUCUUACAGCAAGUCAUGAGUGGAGUGGCCAUCUUACAGCAAGUCAUGAGUGGAGUGGCCAUCUUACAGCAAGUCAUGAGUGGAGUGGCCAUCUUACAGCAAGUCAUGAGUGGAGUGGCCAUCUUACAGCAAGUCAUGAGUGGAGUGGCCAUCUUACAGCAAGUCAUGAGUGGAGUGGCCAUCUUACAGCAAGUCAUGAGUGGAGUGGCCAUCUUACAGCAAGUCAUGAGUGGAGUGGCCAUCUUACAGCAAGUCAUGAGUGGAGUGGCCAUCUUACAGCAAGUCAUGAGUGGAGUGGCCAUCUUACAGCAAGUCAUGAGUGGAGUGGCCAUCUUACAGCAAGUCAUGAGUGGAGUGGAAAUAUUCUGUGAAAUCCAUUUUAGCGUUCUCAUAUUUCUAAUAUUUAUUAAACAUUUCCCCACCCCUUGCCCCACCCCCACUAUUUAUUGGACAGUUCCCCCCCCCCCCCCCACAUCUGUUGUGGACCAACACAGAUAUCCAAUGGCUUGAUGACAUUUUUGAUUGUCCUGAGUUGUGUUCCUUGGUUGUGCCAUCACAUUUUUAUGUACAUUAUUCACAAUAUUUUAUUGUAAAUUAUUCACAAUAUUUUACUGUAGGAACUCAUUUUUUUAAUCUGUGGUCAAUUUUAUUGUAGAGGUCACUGUGACUUAUUGUAGAGGUCACUGACUGUUAUUGUAGAGGUCACUGACUUUUAUUGUAGAGGUCACUGUGACUUAUUGUAGAGGUCACUGACUUUUAUUGCAGAGGUCACUGUGACUUAUUGUAGAGGUCACUGACUUUUAUUGCAGAGGUCACUGUGACUUAUUGUAGAGGUCACUGACUUUUAUUGUCAAGGUCACUGUGACUUUUAUUGUAGAGGUCACUGACUUUUAUUGUAGAGGUCACAGUGACAUUACUUGUUGUGUUGCUAUAUGCAUCUUCCAGCUGAAAAAGUAUUUUUAUAUUUUUAUACAGUGUGAGUGUGUUGACAUGAACUAAAUUAAGAACACUAUGCUGAAUGUAGAUGUUAUGAUGUACACUAUACUUUAUGUACAUCUUACAAUGUACACUAUACUCUAUGUACAUGUCACUAUACUCUAUGUACAUGUGACUAUAUGCUUUAUCUGUACACAUCAGUGUUGUCUAUGCCUAAGUAGAAUAAAUCUUUUGAUACAUUUAAAUGCUGGUUCAGUGAGGGCAGAAACCUAACCCUAAUAAUGCCCCCUGUGUUGAAGCCCAAUGCCCCAUAUUUUAUGUAGCUCAAUGCCCUAUGUGAUGUAGUCCUACAGCCCCAUGUGAUGUAGCCCUACAUCCCCAUGUGAUGUACCCCUAUAGCCCCAUGUGAUGUAGUCCUACAGCCCCAUGUGAUGUAGUCCUACUGCCCCAUGUGAUGUAGCCCUAUAGCCCCAUCUAUGUAGCCCUAUAGCCCCAUGUGA